UCCUGUAGCCACAAUUCUUGAGAUUAAAGAAUUGGUUCUCAGCAUUACGCGUUUAAUAUUUUAUAUUUAACUAAUAAAUAAUUUCAGGGGAGACGACUUGUAAUUGAAUUUCAGAAAUUUCAUUCCAAAUUUCAGACGGCUCCGUCAAAAUUGUUACUCUAUAACAAUCGUCAAACUGCUUAACUGAAUCAUCAAAUCAUCAACUCCGGCAAGCUACCAUGUCGCCGAUACCUAUCACUAGAGAAGUUUCUUCGUCAUGCUACGAUUUUUCAAUUGAUGUUAAUGAUGAUGAGCAGAAGACAUCUUUCAGUCCUCAGAUUAGACCCAAACCGUCUUCAUGUUUCCCAUUGUCUCAUCAGCUACACGCGCCGCCUCCUGGAAAUCCAAUGGCCACACAAAGGCAGGCGGACUUGGACCCUGCGGAGCUGGAUGAUAUAAUCAUCAGGCUAACGGAGGUCCGAUCAGCUAGGCCAGGCAAGCUGGUGGAGCUCUCGGAGACUCAGAUAAGAAAGCUGUGUCGAGCUUCUAGGGAUAUCUUUCUUCGACAGCCUAAUUUGCUUGAGCUCGAAGCUCCCGUCAAGAUUUGCGGGGACAUUCAUGGCCAAUAUGGGGAUUUAUUAAGGCUUUUUGAGUAUGCAGGUUUCCCCCCUUGUGCCAAUUACUUAUUUUUAGGGAACUAUGUUGAUUAUGGGAAGCAAAGUUUGGAAACAAUAUGCCUUUUGCUUGCUUAUAAGAUCAAAUAUCCAGAGAACUUCUUUCUUCUGAGAGGAAACCAUGAAUGUGCCUCUAUCAAUCGGAAAUAUGGAUUUUAUGAUGAAUGUAAACGGCGUUAUAAUGUGAGGCUUUGGAAAAUCUUUACUGACUGCUUCAAUUGCCUUCCUGUUGCGGCACUAAUAGAUGAGAAAAUAUUGUGCAUGCAUGGCGGUCUUUCCCCUGAUUUGACAAAUUUGGAUCAAAUUAGAAAUUUACAUAGACCAACUGAUGUUCCAGACACUGGUUUACUAUGCGAUUUGCUCUGGUCAGAUCCUUGUAGAGAUAUUCCGGGUUGGGGAAUGAAUGACGUAGGAGUUUCAUAUACUUUUGGUCCUGAUAAGGUGUCAGAAUUCUUGACAAAGCAUGAUUUAGAUCUUGUCUGUCGUGCAAAUCAGGUUGUGGAGGAUGGGUAUGAAUUCUUUGCAGAUAAACAGCUUGUCACUAUUUUUUCAGCUCCCUGCCAUCGUGGUGAAUAUGAUAAUGCUGGUGCUGUGAUGUGCAUAGAUGAAGCUCUGAUGUGCUCCUUUCAGAUUUUGAAGCCUUUUGUGGAAAAAAAAACGUAAAUAUAUGAUAUGAUGCCAAAUAAAAUGUGACAUUGCUGAUGAUAUGAUAAUGCUUAUGCCAUUUUCUCUAUAUUAAUAAAGAAUAGGCCUUGUUUGUA